AUGCUGUACGGGUCUUUGGCUGUUGGCAGGAGAUGGUACAGCGGUGGUCCCGCUGGCCCCCGUUUGAAGGUGCUUUUUUUCGGCAGUGACCUGUUCAGCGUGCACUCUUUGAACAAGCUGAUAGAGUUGAAGCAGGCGCGGCCGAACAUCGUGGCGGAUGUAGCGGUGGUCUCGCGACCGCUCAAACGGUCUGGCAGGGGUCGCUCGGUGUUGAAAAUGCCCCCACUUGUGGAACGCGCCCAGCGGGCACUCGAGGUAGGUGAAUUGGUACAGGGCCCCCUUCUGUGCGACUCCCGGGAGGAGUUGGUGUGCGAUCUGUACCCGCUCGUCACUAAGUCAGGGUACAACAUGUUGGUUGCCGUCUCUUACGGCCAAUUGAUCCCUGCGGCUCUUGUGGACGCCGCGAAGUACAGUCUGAACGUGCACCCAUCGCUGCUUCCUCGUUACAGGGGUAGUUCUCCUAUACAGCGCACGCUGUUGAACGGCGAUGCGGUGACUGGGGUCACUCUACAGACGCUACACAGGUCCAAGUUUGACCAGGGCGGGAUCGUGUCCCAGAGUGGAGAGCUCAGCGUCGCUCAGUUGCUACAGAACGACCCACCACAGGGUAUAAGGCUGCCCAAGAAUACAGCAAUCCUAAUGGACCAACUAGGGGUCCUGGGUGCAGAUAUGUUAGCCGCCGCACUCGUGAACGGAUCCUACACCAGUGCGAUCCCGAACUCGCCCAAAUACAAGCCGAGUCUGGCCCGAAAGAUCGUUACGGAGGAUAAGCGGGCCCAGUGGACGGCAGAGACAGCCGGCCAACUCGUCGACAAGUACCUUGCUUUGGGACCUGUCCAUACCUUUAUCAAGACUGACACAGGCGCCAAGAGAGUGAUAUUACACGAUAUACAACUACAUCCGGUAGCAGAACUCAUCCCAGACGGCCCACGUAGGAGGGGACCAGGCUGCUUCGAGUUGGACGAAUCUGGCGAGUCCAUCAUUAUACAAUGCGCACAAAACACCCGCUUGCAAGUGGGGACGCUUCAAUUGGAAGGUUUCGCCCAAGAAAAUGUGCCCACUUUCCUGAGACGUCUUAAGAAGCGUUGUGGGAUCGCUGACUGGACUCAGUCCGCACAGUUCCAGUGA